CGCGCGAGCGGGAUGAGCGCGCGCCCGGGCCUGUGACCGCGGUGGCGAUGGACUGCGGCUUCGUCGCGGGCGGGAGACCGAAGCGCCCGGCAGGCAGCCGGCGGGUUGUGCUCUUCCUGCCUUCAGGCCGCUGCGGAAGCCCGGGCGGCCGCGGCGUCCCGGCGCGCCACUGCCUGUCCGCGCUGUCCGUGGGUCUGGGGGCGCUGAAGCCUCGCGCCCCGGCGGCCCCCCGCGGCGCGUCACGUGCCUCCCCGCUGCUCCUCCUCCUGCUGGUGCCCUCCCCGCGCCUGGCCACGGUAGCCCCGCGCCGGCCCCUCGCGGACCGGGAGCGCUCGCGCCCAGGGCCCUCUGUCCCCGCGGCUGGCCGCGGCGGCGCGGGAAGGUGCCUGCCGAGCCUCGCCCCGGGCGUCGCCUGGGCCGCCGGCGCCCUCCACCUGUGCCGCGGCCGAGUGGCCGCCCUCACUUCGUCCAGGAGAGAGUUAAGCCUGUCGGCUGGGAGCCUGCAGUUGGAGCACAGGAGAGAUCUGGAGCACAAAAGGCGAGAUUUCCCCUCCUGCGGGAACAAGAAGCUCUACUUCGACACCCACGCCUUAGUGUGUUUACUGGAAGAAAAUGGCUUCACCACCCAGCAAGCAGAAAUCACUGUCUCUGCAUUGGUCAAGAUCACCGACGCCAACAUGGAUAUUGUCUACAAGGAUAUGGUCACCAAGAUGCAGCAGGAGAUCACUGUUCAGCAAAUAAUGUCUCAGAUUGCCAAUGUGAAAAAAGAUAUGAUUAUUUUGGAGAAGAGCGAAUUUUCGGCCCUCAGAGCAGAAAAUGAGAAGAUAAACGUGGAGCUACAUCGAUUAAAACAACAAAUAAUGGAUGAAGUGGUCAAAGUCCGAACAGAUACCAAGUUAGACUUCAAUCUAGAAAAGAGCAGAGUGAAGGAAUUGUACUCGUUGAACGAAAGGAAGCUGCUGGAAAUGAGGACAGAAAUGGUGGCAUUGCAUGCCCAGCAAGAUCGGGCCGUCACCCAGACAGACAGGAAGAUAGACACUGAGGUCGCUGGCCUCAAAACCAUGCUGGAGUCACACAAGCUUGAUAACAUUAAAUAUUUAGCAGGAUCCGUAUUUACGUGCCUAACAGUAGCUCUGGGAUUUUAUCGCCUGUGGAUAUAAUAAAGUGUCUAUUUAAAGAGAUCCCUAUUGUUCAGCCUUAAGAACACCAGAUUGCUGGGUCUCUUUGCCCCUCCCUCAUUUCCAGAUUUUAACCCUAGUUUUGACUUAAUAUAUAUUAUUUAUUUUAUGCAGAUUAUGGACAUACAACCAAGGAAUAAUGGUUCCUUUGGUCUUUUCUGUUUAGUUGCCUUUGUACCGCUGAGUGGUGGUGGACAAAACACGGAAGACCCCACUCAGCCGGACCAGUGAACUUGGUCUAACCUGUGGGACAUGCCAACAGUAAAUAUUUAUAUAACCCUACAGUUUUUAAUCUUCUGUCACAUAGAGGAUUUGGGGAGCCUCCAUUUAAAAGGCACAACGACUUCACUAAGUGCUAAAGGAUCACGGAAACUAAACCGAGAGCAUCAGACCCUCUGUCCCUCCGACCCAGCCCUUCCCCUCAGCCAGUGCCUACGUUAGGGGGCAGCCUCAGUGGGUUGGUGUGCUAAUGAUUCACCUGUACUAUCCCCCUAAAGCAGUUAUUUUUCUCUUAAUUUCCAUUGUCUUAGUAAGUUGUCAUGGUUAUUUUUCACGUGCCUUUCAGCCAGAAAAUCUUGUUGCCUAAUGAAAUUUUGUAAUCAUUACAAAUGGGGACUCUGGUUUUGCCUCUCAGAGUGCUAGAUUUCUCUCCCACCCUUGCACUUUGUGUGUGUGUGUGUGUGUGUGUCUUCCUGCCGGGGUUCUUACAGAGAAGGACAUUCUCCCGUUAUUUGAAUGAUUGGUGUGGGAGAGAAUAAGCAUUUUAAAAACGAGAAUGUGGAGAGCGUGUUUGUGUCUUUCUCUGCAUACACGCACAUGCACGUGACCUGGUACAGUGGAGAAACCACAUGUGCACUUGUUGAUCGAUGUUGAUCGAAUCGGUAGGAUAAAUCAUCUGCUGUCACUCUUGUAACCGCAUUAGCAAAAAAGUUACCUUUGUCCUUUGGAUGUCUUUCUAAACUUCAGAAAAUGUAAGUCAGUGUCUUUUUUUUUUGAAACAUGUGUUUAGCACAAAGCUGCUGAACUCCAGAUGAGCCUGAAAAUUGAGUACUUUGGCAUCAGUGGUAUCAGUUUCAAAGUGAAUAAUUAUUUGAUUGUUUUAAACUUGAUCCAAAAUUAUCUCAACGGCUUCGUAAAAUACUGUAGCCAUUUGUGCUUCUUCUUUCAGAAAAGGAUCCCCAGAAAAUACUGCACAUUGAGCAGUUGCCUUAAGUAUUACAAAUUUAAGUAAAUGACAUCCCAUUAAGACCACAUUUGCAACUACUUAAUAUAACUAUUGUUAGUAAGAGCUUGGAGAAAGGGCCUGGAGCACAGACACUCCUCCAAAAUCAAAAGAAUCCCAAGAGGAAAAAAGCACUGCAUGCAAUUAUGUUUCAAAGCAAACACUAACUUGCAUAGGUUAGAAACAAGCAAAGUGACCUUACUUCCUGAUAAAAUAUUUGAAAAUAUCAUUCAGUGGGGUGACACUCUUUUAUCUUCCAAAAGUAUUCCAGAUGACAUUCCUACUGGUUUAUACUGGCUGCAGCAGUCACUUAAUUUGGGCCUUGGAUUUUGAUGUGUAGUUUUCUGCAGUACAGAACAGACUCCCAGUAUCCGCAGUGUCGGGAACAAUGAACUUGCCUUUUGGUGGCUCAGAUUGCAUGCAUAGAUGGAGGUUAGGAAGGUUCGGGACUGUGUUCCCUUUGUUUGGUCAAAUGCAAUCUGUUUCAAAAGCAUAUAAGGCAGAAAUACAAGCAUCCCCUUCCCACUGCUGGCUGGCCCAGGCUUCUGCGAACACCAGAAGCAUGCUGCGACUGGACAUGGGACGGCUUUCUGAACUAGCUUGGUUCAGAGGGAUUCGGAUCACCUAGAACUUCCGCCUUAGCCCAAUUUCAGAAGGGGGAGGAUGCCUGGCACAACUUCCAGGUAGCCCAGGCCGUAGCACCUGGGAAAUUCACCAGGGCCAGGUAGCACACAUGUAACCUGCUACGCCUUUGCUACAAAUGCCCAAAGCAGACCGUCAAAUGGACAGACUCUGGCUUUCCUUUCCAUUCUUGGGGGUGCCUCUGCAUUCCUAUACUCUGCUCUCCCCUGCCCUUUCCUUGUUUAAAGAGCCUAAACUCCCAAUUCUCUGUCGUUUCCUGUUCCAUUAAUAAGCAAAACCUGUCUGUCCAUACCAUUCUUUACAGGACACAGGAUUUUGAUUUCUGGACUGUUCUUAUUCCUUAAGCUGCUUUUCUACCUUAAUAUCUAAGAAAAAUAAAUCAGAGUGUAUUCAUUUUUUCCCUUAAGUAUGCCAAGUACCUCAGUUGUGAAGUCAAGUUCAAGAAGAAAGGCUUGACUCAAACCAGACAUCUUGCUGGAAUUUGUCUCGGAACACUCUAAAAAUAAAAAUCCCGGGCCGGGCUUUUCCCUUUCUAGCUGCACAGAGUGACGUGAGCUUCCCUCCCCGUGUCCCGGCCUCCAGCCGCCUCCUUCGCCGCCUCUGCCUGUUACUUAACCAUCCAGCAUGGGCGCACUUCCCCCCCCACCCCGCCCCCACCCCUCUCUCCCGCGGUGCUCUGUUGAUAGGGUUGGCAUCAUUUCUGAACAAAUAACACAUAAAUGGUACUGCAGAACUCAUGUCUAGAAAACUUGGGCUUUACCAUAUGUUUAUCAAAUUUGUGGCUUUCCUGACACUAAAGAGAGAACAUGUUAAACAGAAACCACUUAUUCUUGAUGUACUCUUUGUGUUUGAGAAUGUUCAGCCCUUCACUGGAAUUUUGUUUUGAAAAUAUCUGUCCUUCUAGAUUUACAUUCAUGUUCUUCUGAUUCUGUUCUUUUGAUUAUAACCCAAAUCAAUUUAUUAAGCAUUGUAUCACUUAACUGAAUAGUUAGUUACAUAUUGUUAUAUGAGUGGGUAUGAUAUUUUUAUUAUGGAAAAUAUUUAAUUGUUUCUAUGUAACUACUACACCUUUUAUUUGAAUUACUCAAUGGAUUGGCAAAUUGAAAGCAAUUUCUGCCUGCACUGUAUUUUAAUGUUACUCCCUCCAUUGUAUAUGACAGCACUGGUGUAUUACAAGAAAACCUAAUACCCUAAAACGGGGUUUGUAUAGACGAUAACUUUGAAAGUGCUUACUUGAUUUGCAAAAUAAAUUUUUUAUUCAAAAGAA